GCGCCGCGAGGAGCCUCCUAUAAAAGCAGGGAACCCACGGAGCGACGCGCGCGUCUCUGUCCCGCUCCUCUGGCAGCAGCUGGCCCGGUUCGGUUCGGUUCUGCAGAAAGAGCCUCGAGAUCAAAGGAGACCUCCCGGUUUGUGGUUCUGUCGCCACGAGCCCACAAGGAAAGAUGUCCCGGACCGACGAGGUGCACCGCAUAACGGAGAACGUUUACAAGAACAUCAUGGAGCAGUUCAACCCGUGCUUACGCAACUUCGUGGCCAUGGCGAAGAGCUACGAGAAGGCGCUCACCAGUGUCACAUAUGCUGCAAAGGGCUACUUCGACGCUCUGGUGCGGAUGGGCGAGAUGGCCAGCAAAAGCCAAGGCUCUAAGGAUCUUGAAGAGGCAGCAUGGGAUGUGCUCUUUCAGAUGGCUGAAGUGCACAGACAGAUCCAGAUCCAGCUGGAGGAGAUGCUCAAGUCGUUUCACAACGAGCUGCUCACCGAGCUGGAGAAGAAGGUGGAGCUGGACGCUCGCUACCUCAACGCGGCCCUGAAGAAGUACCAGAUGGAGCACAAGAGCAAAGGGGAGAGUCUGGAGAAGUGCCAGGCGGAGCUGAAGAAGCUGCGCAGGAAGAGCCAGGGCAGCAAGCACUCGUCCAAGUACGGAGACAAGGAGAUGCAGUACGUGGAGGCCAUCAGCAACAAGCAGAGCGAGCUGGACAACUACAUCGCUGACGGCUACAAGAACGCUCUGUCCGAAGAGAGGAGGAGGUACUGCUUCCUGGUGGACCGCCAGUGUGCCGUGGCCAAGAGCAGCAACGCCUACUACAGCAAGGGUAAGGAGCUUCUAACCCAGAAGAUCCCGGUGUGGCAGCAGAUGUGUGCCGAGCCAAACAAACUGCCGGACCGGGCCAUGUUCCUGGCCCAGCAGAUGAGCGGUGCAGCCGGCACCUUGCCCCACCCCGGCAUCUCCGAGCCCGUCUCCGGUGCCAAACCUCUGCCGGUGCCUCCUGAGCUGGCGGCCUUCAGGGCUGGCGGGGGUCAGCAGAGGCUGAUGGGGGGCGUGGACGGAUCCAUGCCGGUGCUGAACGGUGCAGCCGGGGGGGAGGACUACCAGCAGUGGGUGGAGGGGAAGGUCGCCAAGGCCAAGGCGUCGCCGCAGGCCCAGCGGAACGGAGCGGAGGUCUACUCCAACACCCUGCCUGUCCGCAAGGCCGCCCCCGCCAAGAGCAAAACCACUCAACUGGAGACCCGGACUCUGCCCCGCUCCAGCUCCAUGGCUGCAGGUCUGGAGAGGAACGGAAGAACCCGGGUCCAGGCCAUCUUCUCGCACGCAGCGGGCGAUAACAGCACGCUGCUCAGCUUCUCCGAGGGCGACGUCAUCACCCUGCUGGUUCCUGAGGCCCGCGACGGCUGGCACUACGGGGAGAACGAGAAGACCAGGAUGCGCGGCUGGUUUCCCUUCUCCUACACCCAGGUGAUCUCUGAGAGUAACGGAGACGCCACGAGGCAACUUCGAGUUCACAACCUCCACCACGGGAAGAGCAGCAGCACAGGAAACCUUCUGGAGAGAGAAGACAUGGCUCUGCCCGUCCCUGAUUACAGCAUCCACGCCCGCAUGGCCGCACAGAGCGCUGCGGCUCUGCAUGGCCGACAGCAGCGCCCCUACAGCAUGGCGGGGUCGGGCUUCUCACAGGGAGUUGAAGAAUUUGAGCCUCGCUUCCCCACAAGCAGAAACCCACCCGGAGAGCCCGGCGUGGGGGCUCCAGCCAAACCGCCCCUCUCUGAGGAUGAAGACGAGCCGGAGCAGCGUGAUGAAGCUCACUACGACUCCGUGGACAAAGCUUCAACUGCCUCAGAGAAGUUCUGAGCCCAGCCCAGUAAACUGGUCCGUCUGCGUACUGGAACCAGCUGCAGCGUCACAGCAGCAACAG